AAAUUCUUCAAACUAGAUAACUAGGGGAGAUCAGUUGAGAAGCUGCUCUGUCGCUUGAUCAACGACUAUCAGCUUCAUUCACACACACUGCGCGUGUUUGAAACUUUGUAUGAAUAUAUAUGUAUUCAGGGUUUCUGAGUUGUUUUUUGAUUAAACGGAACAGAUUUUCCAGAAGAACUGCCCGCCUGGUAGUGAUCAAACAUUGGAAAUAGGCUUUUGAGCGAAUAUUGAUUAAGAGAUAUGAGAGCUUGGCUUGAAAUGGCCACUUGAUCCACUACUUGAUAGAGCAUAAGGGAAGCUUUUUGUACCCCCAUGACCAUGGAGUGUGGAGAAAUCAAGUAUUUGGAGCUUGCUUUGAUGGACUUGUUUACACGAGUAAUAUUCGGAGCAUUAGAUGCUAAAAAGUUCAGAAAUGAUUAUUUAGUGUAUGACAGUGCAGCGUCAGGAGCAACAAGAUUUAUUAAAUCUAGCUGGGUUAGAUUGAGAGGUGAAAUUAUGAAUCAGAUUUCAGCAAUCUUGGCUGCCAGAGAGGAAAGUCAAUUUGGUGGUAAUGCGUUUGCCGUAAAGUGUGCUGGAUUAAUGCGGUUGGUUGAAAUUAUGAAAGGCGAGCGUUACAACCAGAGCGCACAAAAUAGGGACAAGGGAAUACGGCGGGCGACUGUGUUGAUAUUGAGAACUUCAUUUGGUCGGAUUUUUCUGCUUGGGGGACUGCCGUUGAGAUGCUUAGGCCAUUGAGUAAGGAGUGGUUGAAGACCUUGGGUCGUGAUUUUGAUUUCGGGGAACUUGUGUGGGCAAAAAUUGAUCCUCAUCCAUGGUGGCCUGGACAGAUCUAUGAUGAAGCUCUUGCUACUUUAUCAGCUUGCCUCACAAAGGAAAAGGGUCGCAUUCUUGUUGCUUUUUUUGGCGAUAACACUUAUGGAUGGCUUGAACCGGAAAAUGUUGUUCCCUUUGAGCCUCACUUUGAUGAGAAAUCAAAGCAGUCAGAGGAUCAUUUAUUCUUGGCAGCUGUUGAAGAGGCCAUGUUUGAGGUCAAGAAAAGAUCUGCACUUGGAUUGACCUGUAAGUGCUACAAUCCUUAUAAUUUUAGGCCUACCGAGGUCCAAGGUUUUCUUGAAGUUGAUGUGGCUGGCUAUGGUGCUCGAAGUAAGUAUUCUAUCGAACAAAUUAAGAAGGCGAGAAAUGGUUUUAAGCCCAGAGAGAUGUUUUCUUUUCUGCAAAAAUUGGCUUUAAGUCCUGACAUCGAUCCCCAAAACAAUUUUACUUUGACAAGGAAUGUGGCAAGAGUUCUUGCUUACAGGAAAUCAGUAUUUGAAGAACUCGACGAGACCCAUGCCCAUGAAUUUGAGGCACAAGCUAUGGACCUUGAACAUCAUGCUGAUAUUUCAUAUGGCAAGGAAAAGCCACAUCAAGCCCGUUUUCCAUUGGAAGAGCUUGAAGAUUCUCCACAGCUUCCGAGAUCUAGUGAUCCACUUAAGAUUGAUGAUAGAGCUAAACAAGUUAGAGUGGAAGUUCCAGAAGUCGGGAUCCAAAACAAUAAUUUGAGAAAGAAUGUCUCACAAAAAAGAUCUCUUCAAGAUACUUCUAUGCCUCAGUUGCGUAUAUUCGACUCUGAUGAUCUCAGUCGGUCCAACAAGAAAAGGAGCAGUCCUGAUGUUCAUGAGGAGACAAUUACAAAGAAGCAAACGAAAGGGAAGACAAUUGACUCCGUAGUUGCACGAAAGAAAGUUGUCGACACCACUACUCAGAUCUCUGAGGAGAUCAAAUUAGUACUAAGGCAACCACAACUGCAAUGCAUGAAGAGCGUUCAACCGAACAGACGAAAUCUUUGAUCGAGGAUACUGAACAAACAAUGAUGAUCAUUAAAUUUUCUCCUCAUGCAAGAAUGUUGUUUGUGCAAGAUGUAAAAGAAGAAUUCGCUGAUUUCGGGCCCUUCGAUGAAUCUGCUGUCCGCAUCUUCUGGACAACAUGCCGAAUUGUGUUCACAUGCAAAUCCAAAGUGCAGUCUGCAUAUCAUCAUGGCCUCCAAAAGAGAAACUUUUUUGGCUUGUCCCAGGCAAGUUACUAAAUUCAAUCUAUAAAAGGUUCAACUGCUGAGUUAGCAAAAUCAAGCAAGCCAAACAUGCAGCUUCAUCAAGAAGAUCUUCAUCAGCCUUUUAUGAUCUUGCUGAAAUCGCUUGGAGGCCAUCACGAAGUAGCGAGCGGAUUUGGAGGUCACUCUAAAACAGUGUGACUACGAGUUCUCCCAGCUGAAGGGGGAAGACGACAAGGCUUUAGAGAGUGUCGCCACUUGAGAACGUUGAUUCGAGCGAGAGACGACCAUGGGGAAGAAACUUUUAGCCUAUGCUUCUAGUGUUGCUUUAAUCAAUAGGACAAAAGAUGAGGUUAUUUCUGAGUUCCAAACCUCUUAGGAAUUUUAGACUAUCGAAGCUGACAGGGCCACUCCAAUCUACGAGAACACGGUUCAUAACUGCCGUCGGGCUCUUCACAAGAGAGGUUGGCUCACUGAGGAGGAUAUCGGUCUUCUCGACCCCGAAGUAUCAAAAGAGGAGGAGAAAGCAGAUCCAGCUAGCGAUGGAGUCCCCCUGGACUUGCGGGAGAUAGCGAUCAUAGUUAUUUUUCUUAGUAUGUAGAUGUUUUGUGUUUAUACUUUAUAUGGACAAUUUUGGCUCAUACUAGAGAUGUUGUAUUUUGGAUAGCUUUUUCCGACUUAUGUAGUCGAAUGUUUUGGUAUGUAAACUAUUAGGUGCUUUCUAUGGCUUUCUUUCAACAUAUAUAGUUGGGUAUUUUGACAUCUUAAUCUGCACCAUUUAGUACCUA